AUCGCCAUCGCCGCGACAGCCGGACGGCGGGCGGCGGGCGGCAAGAUGGUGGUCGACAGGCCGGCUAAUACAAUCUUGUUCGCCAAGCGGCCGCGAAGCGACAGCUCCUUCAAGACGGCCGACGACAGCAAUGUCGUCUACGUCAGCCUGCGCUCGGUGCUCAUCUUCAUGGCCGGCAUCACGAUCAUCAUCGUCUUCAGCAUAACGCUCUUCAACGUCGUGGCGUCGCGAUUCACGACGCCCGGAGGAAUCCAGGUCGACUCCCCGGCGUACCCCCCGCUCCGAGACGCGGUGGCGUCUCCGCACGAGGCGCCGGUUUCCAACGCCGCGCCGCCGUCCCGGAUCCCCGCGGCCACGCACCGCAGGAAGGGCUCCGAGAAGCGCGGCGCCGUCGCCAGGAGGCACAAGAGACACAAGAAGCGGCGGCACAGCCGGCGACGCCGCCCGCACCCGAGCGGCAAGGAGGAAGGCGAAGGCGACGCCUCGGAGGCGGAGUACGGAGACAUGCGGGCCCGGCAGGACGCCCCGGACUCGGCGUUCGUCAACAACUACGACUCGUGGAGGGAGAUCGCCGACGAAGGCAGCGGGGAGCGACGCCGCCGGAGCGAGUGCGGCCGGCCGCAGUGCCGCUGGCUGAGCCGGUACCUGACGUCCAAGCUGGACUGGACCAUCAAGCCUUGCCACGACUUCUACUCGCACGUCUGCUCGGCCAAGUGGUUCACGUCGUCGCCGCCGCAGCAGGCGGCGGCGACGGCAGCAGAAGGCGAGCGAGGGGACCAGAAGGACUCGCUGGACUUUCGGACGCAGGCGGUGGCGAGCCUCAUGAACGGGCUGGCCGCCUACCUCCGGAAGAAGGUGUCCGCCAUGCCGUGGGAGCGCAACGCGGCAGCGUUUUUCGCGGACUGUCUGCAGCCCAAGACGCCGCGCACGCUGAGUAGCCUCAGGCCGCGAUUUCCCAUCUGGCCCCUGGAGAAGAUAACGUCGGUCAGCACGCUGCCCAAACUGGUGGCGUACGUGGCGAAGUUCUUUCGGGCGACGCCGCUGCUGAAGACGUACGUCGGGGAUUUGCGCUCUACGCUAAGGAACGACACGCUCUACGUGGACUCGCCUGUUCUGCCUCUGGCGAGAUUCCAGUACCUCUACCCGACGGCCAAGGAAGAAGACUACAAAAAAGUACUGCGAGCGGCACUUCAAGGCCGACGAGCUGGUGGCUUGCCGCAAGGCAUCGUGAAGCUGGAACUCGCACUGGCCGGCAUCGUCUCGCGAGAUUUCGUUACCCUCGCCGACCGUGCCGUAGAGACGGAUAACCUCCUCACCGGCGACAAAUUCUGGGACCCGCUCGUGAUGGCCCUGGUCGAAAACCGGCGCGAAAUCCGAGUCCUGGACCACAAGUACCUCAUGAACCUCAUGUCCGUGCUGCGGAACGCGACGUCAGCGCUCGACGUGGCCAACCUGGUCAUCUACUCGACCCUCACCCAGAUCGCGCCGCUCAUCCAAAACAUGUCCUUCCUGACGCCCCUCGGUCUCGAGCAGACGGUGACCGGCGUUCCCAUGCAGGUCCAGGGCUGUCUAAGCCUCACCGAAAAGGCUUACCGACACGGGAUGCGGCUCCUAGCGCUGAAGGCUCUGGGAGUCACGGAGUGGUCUCCGGAGAAGCCCAAAGCUCGAGUGAUAGAGAACAUGAUCGCCGACCUCAAGAAGAGUCUCAAGAAGUACGUCCGCGUCUGGUUCACCGAGACCGACAGUCGGAGAGACGCGUUGAAGCGGCUCAGGACACUGAAGGUAAAUCUGCUCGGGGCCACGCCUCACGACGAGCUCACGUACGCCAGGAACGAGAAGCACUUCAACAAGCUGCGGCAAGUGGCUAGCCUUCUCGAAGAGGUGCCCGGUCGCGACCCCGGCUACGGGGGCGACUUCUUCCCGGGGUCGGUGUUCUCGACCGAGCCCAAGUACGUAGCCGAGACCCACACGCUGUACUUGCCGCCGGCCAUGUUCGGGCUCAUCAACAAGAUGCAAGAGUUCGACGACCCGCUACUCAUUGUGCCGCUGAUCGGCGCGCCCAUUCUGAAGGCGAUGCUCGCCGUCAUCGACGGCCGGGGCACGCAGACGUUCAUUCGCGACUCCACGGUCAGCACUCACUGGUGGUCGCCGACCGACGACGCCAAGCUGGUGAAGAUCAGGUCCUGCUACCGAGACCUGUACGCCCUCUCGCUGAAGGACAUGCUCAUAAACAGCAACCAGCAGGCCUUCUUCGAAGAGUUCAUCGCUCAGGGCGCGUUGCUCGACCCGCUGCACAGGUUCUACAAGGAGAAAGUGUCCAAGUACCACUCCGACGGGCUGCGCAUAGAACCGGAGUUCACGGCCGACAUGCUCUUCUACAUUGUGUACACGAUGGGAAUGUGCGAACCGCGGGGCGCCGAGCGUUACAAGGUCAAGCACAGGAUGGGCAUUCCUGCCCGCAUUCUGGUGAACGCGCACCUGGGCAGCAGCGAGCGCUUCAGACGCGCGUUUAAGUGCAAUCACAGCGACGAGAUGAUGCCUCUGCAUUCAUGUUCGUACUGGGAUGAGCACUGAAAGCUGCCGGUGACGACCGCCUUCAUACGGGACUCUCUCUGAGCUCAUGUCACGUGUACAUCGAGUGUGUUCAACAUGCCGGGUCCCUAUACCCCAUCCCCAAACCAUCCAUUUUCUUGCUCGAACCCUCGCUUUUUCGAAGAAGGGCGCCGUUAUGCGAAGCUCGGAAUAAAAGCGCGGUGAUUUCAUGGA